UCUCACUGGACCAUCAUAUGGGGAAGUGUCAAACUAAACUGGGACUUCUGCCGCGUAAACCGUGAAGUUGCAGCCACUUUUACGCACGGCUCUUGUCUGCAUGCAGCUGUCCUCUACUUGAAAAUAAGGGAUUGGCUUUCCCCUGUGAAACACUUGCCAACAUAUGAUGGCUUUCACUAUGCUGAGGCCGGUAUCGACGCAUCCCUUUUCUUACCCCGCAGACCUGACCUUGAUGUCGGACGACGAGGAAGGAAACCGCAGCGAGAGCGACGGCAGCACCGACCAGGGCUACGGCUGCUGCGGGAUUCCGGGUGAGAGUUACAGGAGGGAGUCCGGCGGCGUUGUGCGGCAUCGGAACGCCGCUAACGCCAGGGAGAGACACCGGACCCAGAACGUCAACACGGCCUUCACAGCGCUGCGGACACUCAUCCCCACGGAACCGGUGGAAAGAAAACUCUCCAAAAUCGAGACGCUGCGCCUGGCGUCCAGCUAUAUCUCACACUUGGCCAACGUGCUGGUGGUCGGGGACGGAAAAGAGGACGGACAGCCGUGUCUUAGUGCUGUCUACAAGGAGGUGAAGGGGAGUGGAGAGGGAAAACAGCCCCGGAAUAUAUGCACAUUCUGCCUCAGCAACCAACGGAAAGGGGUGAAAGACAGGCGAGACUGUGUGAAAAUGCAUGGAGGCAGUGUGAGACAAAUAAGUCGGCGAUGAAACUCUGAGUAGGAUUGGAUCUACUCUUCAGAGUAGACGUCAGGGAAACCUCCACCAACUAUUCCUAGAGUCUGGACGCAUCUCAGUCUUAGAGGACCACUCUGACUUUUAACUUUGCCUCAUUGGUCACUUUACCCAGAAUGUGAUAAGAGGAUUGGCACCAAAACCAUCUGAAAGUCUUUUUUUACAGCACACUUACUUAUGUCACAGGGGACUGUUGUAAUAGUGAGAAAAAGAGUGUAAAGCUGCUAUAUGGUCAUGGAUGUUCUUUUUAUUCUGAUGACAAACAUUUUCAGGGGAAUAGUAAAAUAGACAAAUUCUACAUGACGAACAGUGCUGAGCAAACGCUCCCUCAAUUAAUUGGCGUUUAGCCACCAAAAAAGGCCCACGAAAAAAAUGACAACAGGUAUCAAUAAGUUUGCCGAUUUUACAUCACUGCAAUAGAAAUAAAUUGGCAGUUGUCAACUCGGAAGUGA